UCAACGUCAAAAAUUUAAAGAGUAAUGCGUUAACUGCGCCAAAUAUCCGCUGACAUCAAAAUGAGCUCAGCAUCAAACAGAUACCGCAGUUUUGCGCUGUUUGUGGUGUUUAUCACGGGAGUUGUGAGGCUGUCUUAUGGAGAUGUUGAUGAAAUCCCUGAAUUCAAAGCUCCUGAGAAAUCCGACCAGGUUCAACCACAGAGACAGUUUAAGACAGCUGAGAUUGCAGAUGCAGUGAUGGGAACAGCACAUUCUCCGGUGAUUGAACAUCUCAUUCCUAAAGACCUACAAGAGUCUCUGAUGGGAGAAUCGUGUGUUGAUGAAGACUGUAAAGCUUCAUCAGAUCUUGAAGAGACCAGCAUAUCACAAACACACGAGUCAAUACUGUCAGCUGUGAUUCACACUGACACCAUGGAAAUGAAGGACCAGAACUUAACUGAGACUUCAAAGCCAUUCAAGGUCAACUGUGAUAAGAGGAACAUUACUGGAAUGGAGAACUUCACAGUCCAGGUUCUCAAUGCCACUCAGGAUCUGAUGGACCUUUUGAAUACCAACAGUACAGAGUGUUCCUUGGUUCUCUUUUACACAACGUGGUGUCAGUUUUCUGCAAAUCUUGCUCCUCAUUUCAACGCAUUGCCACGAGCCUUUCCCACAAUGCACUUCAUUGCACUUGACGCCUCUCAGCAUAGCAGUCUAUCAACACGGUUUGGAACAGUGGCUGUCCCCAAUAUACUUUUGUUCCAAGGUGCCAAACCGAUGGCCAGAUUCAACCAAACAGACAGGACAUUAGAAACUCUUACAUCUUUCAUAACAAACCAGACAGGUUUUGAACCAAGUCCAGAUCAAGCUGUACAGGGUGAAGACCAUAUAGGGCCGCUGCCUGCAGUUCCGGUGAAAAGCAUCGACUGGCUCUUUGUAUUUUCAGUUUUAUUUAUAUCUGGCUUUACACUAUAUGCAAUUCUUUGCACAGACAGCAUUCGGUGGCUUAUACCAGGACAAGACCAUGAGCACCAGGAUUAGAUGAGGUUAAUGCAUUUUCAGACCCGAGUGUUGUCAGUGUCCAACUGUUGUGUUUUGUGGUUUAGUGUACAUACUUGAAUAAUAAAAAAGUACAGACACAUUGUAAUGCAA